AUGAAGGCACUGGCAAAUAGUUACUGUUAUUGGACGGGAAUCGAUCGCGAUAUUGAGGAACUAGUAAAGAGCUGUCGUGAUUGUGCAAAGGUACUUACAGAGCCAAGCAAAGUUCAAAUUCAUCCAUGGGAAGUUCCUGCUCAACCUUGGCAGCGCCUGCAUAUCGACUUUGAGGGACCAUUCAUAGAGUAUUUCUUCUCAGUGAUCGUUGAUGCAAAAACGAAAUGGUUGGAGGCAUUCCCAAUGAGGAGUAUUACAAGCUUUUUCACAAUUCGCGCACUUAGAGAAACUUUCUCAAGACUCGGGAUUCCGAGUACACUUGUGUCAGAUAACGCGCAACCCUCGACGAAUAAAAAAGCGGAACGUUUUGUACGGAUCCUAAAAAAUGGACUUCGAUCGUCAGUCAAUGACCCUGGCGAUUUACACGCGAGGCUACACCGUUUACUUAUGCAGUACCGAAAGACUCCAUCUACAGCAACAGGAAAGAGCCCAGCCGAAUUAAUGCUAAUAUUUAGUUUUCGAACAAGACUUGAUUUGUUGAAAUAUACAUACGCGGGGGAGAAUGAAAGAAACAACGAAUGCAAGCGGAGUUGUGAUGUUGAAGAACUGGUUCAAGUCCGCUACUAUCAAAACAAGGAAACCAGCAAAGUCGACGAUUAA